GCGCGGGACAAAGGAUCGGGCGGGGCUCGAGCGGCUCCUGCUGGCGGUUUGGAGGCCGCUGGGUGGGCGGACCGGGGUGGGGUGGAAGCACCUCAUCUCACCUUUCGCCUCCCCCCCUCCCUCCCGCCCGUUUCCAUGGCGUCCCGUCGCUGCCCCGGAGUGGCCGCCACCUCCAGCUCGGGGGAGCUUUUGUCGACCGCGAUGUCUGCUCAUCGUGACCCGACGCGGGAGCUGUUCGAGGGUUGCAGGAACGGGGAUGUGGCCCGGGUGAGGAGACUGCUCAGGGCCGACAAUGUGAACGCCAGGGACACGGCCGGACGCAGGUCGACCCCUUUACAUUUCGCUGCAGGAUUUGGACGGAAGGAUGUAGUUGAAUUUUUGCUACAGAGUGGUGCCAAUGUCCAUGCAAGAGAUGAUGGAGGCCUUAUUCCUCUGCAUAAUGCCUGUUCAUUUGGGCAUGCAGAAGUUGUCAAUCUGUUGCUGUGUCAUGGUGCUGAUUCUAAUGCUCGGGAUAAUUGGAACUACACACCUCUCCAUGAGGCUGCCAUCAAAGGCAAAAUUGACGUAUGCAUAGUGUUGCUGCAACAUGGAGCUGACCCACAUAUUCGGAAUACCGAUGGAAGAACAGCAUUAGACUUGGCGGACCCGUCUGCUAAAGCUGUAUUGACAGGUGAAUACAAAAAAGACGAACUGCUGGAAACUGCAAGGAAUGGAAAUGAAGAAAAGUUGAUGUCCCUUCUUACACCAUUGAAUGUAAACUGCCAUGCAAGUGAUGGUAGAAAGUCUACACCACUUCAUCUAGCAGCAGGAUAUAAUCGUGUUAAGAUUGUACAGCUGCUGCUUCAGCAUGGUGCUGAUGUUCAUGCAAAGGAUAAAGGAGACUUAGUACCUCUUCACAAUGCCUGUUCCUAUGGUCAUUAUGAAGUUACGGAGCUCUUAGUUAAGCAUGGUGCGCAUGUGAAUGCUAUGGACCUCUGGCAGUUUACUCCUUUGCAUGAAGCAGCCUCCAAGAACCGGGUACAAGUAUGUUCCCUAUUGCUGAGCUAUAGUGCUGAUCCAACAUUACUGAACUGCCAUUCAAAAAAUGCUAUUGAUUUGGCCCCUACACCACAACUAAAAGAACAAUUAGCAUAUGAGUUCAAAGGACAUUCAUUAUUACAAGCUGCAAAAGAAGCAGAUGUGACCUGUGUGAAAAAACAUCUGUCUUUAGAGAAUGUGAAUUUCAAGCAUCCUAGGACUCGUGAGACUGCAUUGCAUUGUGCUGCUGCUUCUCCAUACCCAAAACGAAAACAGGUGGCUGAGUUAUUAUUAAGAAAAGGGGCUAAUGUCGAUGAAAAGACAAAAGACUUUUUGACGCCCCUCCAUGUGGCAUCAGAAAAAGCCCACAAUGAUAUUAUUGAAGUGCUUAUAAAAAAUGAUACAAAGGUGAAUGCCUUGGACAGACUUGGUCAGACACCUUUACAUAAGGCUGCACAGUAUGGUCACCAUCACACAUGUCGUUUGUUGCUGAAUGCUGGAUCUGACUCAUCAAUACUCUCUAUGCAGGGUUUAACUGCAUUACAGAUGGGUAAUGAAAGUGUGCAGCAGAUUUUGCAAGAAGGUGUCAUGUUUGGAAACUUUGACACUGAUCGGCAGUUAUUGGAAGCAGCCAAAGCUGGAGACUUGAGUAUGGUCAAGAAACUCUGCACUCUUCAGAAUGUAAAUUGCAGAGAUGUCGAAGGUCGCCAAUCUACUCCUCUCCACUUUGCAGCUGGCUACAACAGAGUAUCAGUUGUGGAAUAUUUGUUGCAAAAUGGUGCCGAUGUUCAUGCCAAAGAUAAAGGGGGAUUGGUUCCAUUGCACAAUGCGUGUUCCUAUGGACAUUAUGAAGUAGCAGAACUCCUAGUCAAAAAUGGUGCAGUGGUCAACGUAGCUGAUUUGUGGAGGUUUACUCCUUUGCAUGAGGCUGCAGCAAAGGGAAAGUAUGAUAUUUGUAAGCUUUUAUUACUGCAUGGUGCUGAUCCAACCAAGAAGAAUCGAGAUGGAAAUACUGCCCUUGAUCUGAUAAAGGAUGGAGACACUGACAUUCAAGACCUCUUGAGUGGAGAUGCUGCUUUACUUGAUGCUGCAAAGAAGGGUUGCAUGACCAGGGUGAAAAAAUUGUGUACAGCAGACAAUGUUAAUUGUAGAGACACCCAGGGCAGACAUUCAACACCUUUGCAUUUAGCAGCUGGGUACAACAAUCUUGAAGUUGCAGAAUAUCUGCUACAACAUGGUGCUGAUGUGAAUGCUCAAGACAAAGGUGGACUGAUUCCUUUACAUAAUGCUGCUUCAUAUGGGGUAAUCACAUUAGAUGUAUUGGUUGAAAUGGGACAUAAAGAACUCAAAGAAAUUGGAAUAAGUGCUUAUGGCCACAGGCAUAAAAUCAUUAAAAGAGUUGAACAUUUAAUAGCUGGGCAGCAAGGCAUCAACCCAUAUCUAACUUUAAACACUUCCAGCAGUGGUACAAUUCUGAUUGAUUUGCUACCAGAAGAUAAGGAAUUCCAAUCUGUUGAGGAAGAGAUGCAGAGUACAGUGAGAGAACACCGGGAUGGUGGUCAUGCUGGAGGAGUCUUUAAUAAAUAUAGCUUAUUGAAGAUUCAAAGGGUAUGUAACAAAAGACUCUGGGAGAGAUAUACACACAGAAGGAAAGAAGUGUCGGAAGAAAAUCACAACCAUUCAAAUGAAAGAAUGCUGUUUCAUGGUUCCCCCUUUGUAAAUGCUAUAAUUCACAAAGGUUUUGAUGAAAGGCAUGCUUACAUUGGUGGAAUGUUUGGAGCCGGCAUAUACUUUGCUGAAAAUUCAUCUAAAAGUAACCAGUAUGUCUACGGAAUAGGUGGUGGUACUGGCUGUCCGAUACAUAAAGAUCGGUCCUGUUACAUUUGUCAUAGACAAAUGGUAUUCUGCCGAGUUACACUAGGCAAGUCAUUUUUGCAGUUCAAUGCAAUGAAAAUGGCUCAUUCCCCUCCUGGUCAUCAUUCUGUUACUGGCCGACCUAGUGUGAAUGGAUUAGCAUUGGCCGAAUAUGUCAUUUAUAGAGGUGAACAGGCUUACCCAGAAUAUUUGAUAACGUAUCAAAUUGUGAAACCAGAGAAUUCAACUGAUUGAUACAGAAGUGUGCAUAUGAUCAGAUUUGGUACUUAUGGAGGAUAUCCUGCACAUUGGAUCCAAUGCACAUGUUUUAUCAGUGAAAAUGUUACAUCAUUGAUUUUUAAAUUGUGUAAUCCACAUAGCUUUAAAUAGUGUCCAAACUGAAUAACUUAUGAAAUUUGCCUUCCCAUGUUGCAGCAGAAAGUCUGUAUUUUCUGUUAGUAAAUUAAUGUAGGUAGCUGAAAUAAUUGUAUUGAUACACCAGAAUACUGAUUUUUGUUUUGUCAAUAUACAUCAUGGUAUAGUAUGGUCUCUAUAGAAUCUAGAAAAGAUUAACUGCUGCUCCACAUAAGUGUACUGUGACAUGUUUUUAUUGUAAAGCUGUUGUAAAUAAGAAUUUUGUACUAGCUCAGUAACUUAUUUACACUUUUAUUCUUAAAAUGAAAUGGCACCUAUAGUUAAGUCAUCAUCGACUUGCUUGAAGGUAUCAGUGUUCUGGCAAACAAGGUUUUUCUUAAACGAAACCAAAACAAACCUCUACUGGGCAAGGGCUGCUAUGAAGUAGCAAUUUUAACAAAUUGUCACACCAUUCAGGACAUUUGUGAAGUUGACUAUUUAUUCAACAGAUAUGUGAAAUAAAGAGCCAUGAUUGAUUCUA